GCAGGCACAACGUCGCUCUACGACUACAUCACGCAGCACGACCUCGUGGUGCCGGCCAACCGCAAGGAAACCCACUACUUGGACUGGCGCUUCGAUUCCAAGCUGCCGCCGAUCGAGACACCGGAAGGCCAGGCCGCGCAUUUGGCCAUGUACCAGCGCUUCUUCCGCAUGGACAUCCUCGGUCCGUGUCCGUCUGUGCUCUCGGGCGAAGCGACGCCGAGCUACCUCCUCGGCGGCUCGGUCGUCAUCCAGCGCUUUCAAGCGCUCAUGCACGGCGCCAAGAUCCUCGCGACGUUGCGCAACCCCGUGGACCGCGCCUUCUCCCACUACAACAUGACGGCGGACCCGGUCGGCAACGCCGAGCAGCUAAAGAACCGUGGCCACCAUGCGCUCGGUGGCAAGAGCUUUGAGCAAGUCGUCGAUGCCGAAAUCGCCGAGCUCCAGGCGCUCGGCGUGCACCCCGACAUGUCGUUUGACGAAUUCGAUCGCGUCUACCUCCAGACGCGCCUCUCGUUCACGCACGGCGGCCAUUCGUUCAUUGGUCGAGGGCUCUACGCGCUGCAGCUCAAGGGCUGGUUUGAAGCCUUCCCGAAGGACCAGCUCCACAUUGUCAACAUGGACGACAUGAAGACGUCGACGGGCUUGCACGCGGUGAUGCAGGACGUGUUUGCCUUCUUGGAGCUCCCGCCCUACACGAUCGAAGACAGCAGCGCCAAGAACACGCGCGCGUACGGCGCGUUGCACCCAGACACCCGCGCGCGUCUUCAGGCGUUCUACGCGCCCUUCAACGAAGCGCUCGCGGAUAUGCUUGGCCGCCGUUCGUUUGCUUGGUAGAAGACUUGCCUCAAAAAAUGAUUUUCCAUACCUCGCCAUA